UGCAAAAGUAACUUGGGCCAUCAUUACAGACACCGAUCACAAUACAGUUAAUUGGGACGGGUCGUACCAGGAAGAGACAAAAACGGAAGCUGAACGGAAAACUGCAGAGCAGAGAAGAAAACAAACAAGGAAGUAGAGCGUUGGAUUCGAAAUGAGCAUUAGUUGAGCAGAAGAAGUGAAAUCUGUGGAGAUUAACCAAUCCAAAAUGAGUAAUGACGGAUGGGAAUUCCAUCUCCGAUCGUUAUCUUCGAUUGCAAGAGACUCUAAUUUCGCAGAUGACCCGGCCUCCGAUCCUGCUCUACUCAACUCCGUGAAUAAGCUGUGCGAGCUGUGUAAAGAAGAAAACUCGGAGGAUUUGAUUGCUAGGGUUUAUCCUAAUCUCAAUAAGAUCUUUCAACGUUCCUUGGCCACAAUUUCUCAGUCUCGAUCCUCUAUCGCUCCUCUUCUUUUGGCUAUCCUCCAAUUUUUUCUGGAUUAUGGUGAUGUUGUUCUGCAUGAUGCUGAUCCUAGUCUGAGGACAUUUUUCCGAUCAUGUUUAAGCCGUGAGUUUGCCGACCCAGUUGUUGCUGAAGCAACUCUUCAGUUUCUUAAUGCAAAUACGAAGAAACUUCUGAGCUCUUUUCCUACAUUACUUCCUCAGUUCUUCCCCUUACUACUUAAACUGAUUGCUUGGAAUGGAGAGAGGUUAGAGAAAUCUUUUCUCGGAGUAUUCCCUGGAUUGAUAUCAACUGGUUCAUUUCUUCCAUUAUUUCCAUCACUUGUCGACCUUCCAAUAUUGGUCGUUGCCUUGGAAAAGGUGGAAAGGAGUUCUGGAACAUUAGUUGGCAGCAGCAUUUCUACAAUCCAGAAGAGUGCCGCUCCGGAGAUGCUGCUUGCUCUAAUGGAUGAAGCAUAUACUGGAACAACCAUUGGAGAUGCGGGGGUUGACUCUGAAUCUGAGGAUAGCAGUACAAUGGCCGUGGCUGAUCCAUUAUUCCUUGAGCUUCUCAAGGAUGAGAAUGAUGGCCUUGCUGAACGCCAUUGGACUUCUCCGGCAAUGGCUGCUGCGCUGCAGGCAGCAAUCAAUGCUCCUCAAUCUGAUAGAUUGAAACAAGCACUUAGAAUUGCUCCUCGUCUUCUUGAUGUUUAUUUUUCCAUAGCAAUCUCUGAAGUCAAUGAUUCUUUGAUUUGCGCACUAGUUCCCCUACUCAUGACAAGGUAUUCCACAUUGUUUCCAGACAAGAUGUUCUCUUAUGAGGUCCAGAAGAGGCUCUUAGAAUUCAUGCUUGCUGCCUUUCGUCGAACUCCUGACUUCAUUGCACUUCUCAAGAAGCCUAUAGUGGAUAAGCUUGGAGAAGCAUACGACAACCCUGCGAAGACAGAGUUGGCAUUACAACUAUGUUGGGCCAUUGGUGAAUAUGGAGGUGGUGGUGAAUCCCAUAAAGAAGUGGCUCGCGAACUUUUUGAAAGCUUGGAACUACUUUUGUACGAAAAUCUUUCGUCCAGUCGUCUGAGCCUACAAGAAUCAGCUCUUGGCUCUAGUAGUUCAACAAUCAGAAAAUCAUUGCAAUCGAGGCUUCUAUGUUUUGUUGUAACAGCUAUAGCAAAGCUUGCCACCUAUCAUCGGGACUUAGUACCAAGAGCCCGUGUAUCGUUGGGUAAGGUAGCUCGUUCACGGAUUUCAGAUGCGAGGCUUUGGAAGCGUGCACGUGAUUAUCUGGGUUUAAUGAAUGAACCCGCAUUAUGUUUGUCCAUCCUUGGUCCUUCUAGACCUUCGAGUGGAUGUUCACAAAAUCCUGGGACAGUAAAUUGGCAAGAAGGGAGCAGAAAAAUGAUUGCUCAUAUACCAUUCUAUAUUUUAGGGGAGCAAGAAGGUCCUCCUGUCCAUGAUUUCUCAUUUUCUGAUAUUCUUCCUGGAAGAUGACUUCACUAGUCUUCACUUCUUUGCAAAAGGAGGCAACAGAAGAGAGCAGGAAAAAAUGCUGAGAAUUUCCGGGCUUCAUACAGUUUUAGUCGUUAGAAGGCCCAGAACUGGAUUUUUUCCUGUUGUAUUUGUAAUAUCUCUAUGGUACAGUUGGUGGGGGGUGUCAGAAGUAUAUGGAUGUAGAUAUUCUUCUGUUUGUGCAAGUGUCUUUGGAGUUCGAGGGAAAGAAGCCAACCAGAUCAUCUAAUUGUGCUGUAAUGUUGAAUUUGCAUCGGUAGUAAAACGUUCUGAAUGAAUUCUUCUUUAAGAUCUAUUUGUAAUUCGACAAAAAUUCAUUAGAAAAAGAUACAACACAAGAUUUGGUGCACAUGAAAGAUCUAAUCAUCUAAACAAAGUCCUAACAAGGGCAGCUAAACUGUCAGUUUAUCUCUAAAUGUACAUUGGAAGGAAUGCCUUCCUCUCAAGGGUUAAAAUGCUGAUUUCAUUUCUGAUCAUCAGAUUGUUGAAUUGCAGCCUUGAUCAAAUCCAGAGUAAUUUUGAUUAUACUGUAUGCUGUUGCUACUGACUGGGGUGGCAGCUGUUGCUCUGGGUUGCAUAGAUUUCCAUCCAAGAUUUCGAAUGCUAUUGUGAGGAUGCUCCCACCAGAAUCUGGGUCGGGAAAGACAACAAAUCCACUAGGCAAAAUCGAAACAAUGUCGGGAUCCUUCCCAUCCAUGAUAUGAUGCAUUGCAGCCUUGUUAAUAGGACUAUAAAUUACAUAUAAACCAACUGAAUCACUGAUUGUUUCUUGUACAUACAUGAUCUCCUUUUUCUUCUUGGCCUUGGCCUUGUCCUCAGCUUCAAUGACGGAUCUGGGCUGUAGAGAAGCCAAAGAACAAUACUGAAGAUAGACUCUUUCGCUGUUGUUAUUGGCUAUGAGGAGUAGCCCAAGAAUCUUAUAUACUGAUCAGAGUUGUUAACCGACACCAAUGUGGGACAAACUCUAACACCCCCUUCAAACAUUACUUGGGUCGAAACCAAGUCAAUGUUUGCAAGAGCAGGCAAAGCCUACCAGACUUGGGUGAAACCAAGCCCAAACGUUACUUGGGUCGAAACCAAGUCAACGUCGAAACAAAAGAAGGUUAAACAAUCCUAACCCAGCUCCGAGACCAUAUUAGAACACUUGGGUUCCAUCUCAAAACCAAUUGGCUGUGAGAGGAGUAGCCCAAGAAUCUUAUAUACUGAUCAGAGUUGUUAACCGACACCAAUGUGGGACAAACUCUAGCAGUUGUAGAAUUUACAUCUGAAUCUCUAGAGAUAUAAAACUCACCAUUGAGAGUAGGAGAGACACUGUAUUGGCAGGGUCGGGUCCGAAAGAUAUCUGCUCAAUCUCCUGCGCCACUCUGUCAUGGGAAAGGAUAUCCCACUGGAGUGAACAUGCAUAAAAUUUGUGAGUUCUCCUACAGUUUUCAAGACAACUAGACAAGGAUGAAAACUUGGAGAUAUAGAAAUGCCUGAUAUGUGAAGUUGUACCUUGUCGCGUUCAUUAACGCUGC